AUGGCCGAUCCAAUCGAGGAGACCUUAGCCGCGCCACCGCCAACCCCGGCCGCCCUCGGCAGGCCCUGCCGGGGCCCAGCGCUGUCGUUGGAGCCGACCGGUGAGAUCGAGACCUCGCCAGAGAAGGUGGGCCCGCCGGCGUCUGCUCCCGACACGUCGGUGAGGUCCCGAGGGUUCAGGCUUCUCGGGGAGGACACCUCCGGGCAUAAGGUGCUUGGAGGCGCUGCUGGCGUACUGUUAUGGAAAGACAAGAAGGCAACUGCUGUAUUGAUCGGUGUCACAGCGGUCCUAUGGGUUUCUUUUGAAGUGUUUGAUUACCACUUUUUAACUCUGAUAUCCCAUGUGAUGAUUGCGGUCCUGGCUGUCUUCUUUCUGUGGUCCAAAGCUAUGACUUUCAUCAAGAAGAGUCCGCCAGAUUUUCCUUUAGUUGAGAUAUCUGAAGUCGUUGCUGUGAAUGUGGCACAUGCAUUGCACAGCGACGUCAACAGAGCCCUUCACUUCUUGCUGGAGAUUGCGGUGGGGCAUGAUCUCAAGAAGUUUCUUGCUGUGAUUGCUGCUCUCUGGGUGCUCUCUGAAGUAGGAAGCUGCUGUGACUUCCUCAACUUGAUCUUCGUUGCCCUCGUGAUGAUCCACAUCAUACCGAUCCUGUACGAAAAGUACAAGGACAAGGUGGAUCACUUCGCCGGGAAGGCCCAUACCGAGGCAUGCAAGAGCUACAAGGUGCUGGGUACCAAAGUUCUGAAUAAGAUACCCCGGGGACGGGUGAAAGCGAAGAAGCAGACCUAA